AUGCUUGCCAAUUUAUAUCAUGCUUGUGUGGGACGUGUACUUGCACCACUCACAGCUGCCGGCAUCAAUGGCAUUAAUAUGCGAAGUGGCGAUGGAAUAAUGCAUCAAGGCCAUCCUUUGUUUGCAUGUUUUGCAGGAGACUACCCAGAGCAAGUUUUAGCUACCGGAGUCAAGACAACUCAAUGUCCAAAGUGCGAUGUUCCCUCCGACGAGCUUGGUCUAGCAACUGGUGUCGCAAAUUGGCAACCACGAGACCUUGGUGCAGUACUUGAUGCCCUCUGCGCUCUUGACCAAGGUGGAUUGGCCUUUGUGCGUGCAUGCGCAGAUGCUGGCAUUAAGCCUAUUGUCCACCCAUUCUGGGAGGGACUACCUUUUGUCAAUAUAUUCGAAUCCAUAACUCCUGAUAUUCUGCAUCAACUAUACCAAGGGCUUGUCAAGCAUCUCCUUGCUUGGCUUUCUGAUGCAUGUGGCAGUACGGAGAUUGAUGCACGAUGUCGACGCCUCCCCCCAAAUCACCAUAUUCGACUAUUUACGAAGGGCAUCACAACUCUUUCGCGUUACCCAUGUCACAGCUCUGAGACGCUGGUUUUACUUGACGAGGCACUUAACCUUUUCCACGACAACAAGGACAUCUUUAUUGACCUUGGCAUUCGGAAUUCCUUCAACUUGCCAAAACUCCACUUCACAGCUCACUAUGCUCACAUGAUUCGAAUGUAUGGCACUACAGACAACUACAAUACCGAAUACACUGAAUGCCUUCACAUCGACCUUGCAAAAGAUGCUUAUCGCUCUACGAACCACAAGAAUGAGUUUGGUCAAAUGACGACUUGGCUUGAACGGAGGGAGAAAAUCUCACAUCACGAGAAAUACAUUCAGUGGAGACUCGUCGAAAACACCGCACAUCCGCAUCAUCAGCCCCGUCCCCCAGAAAUGACAUUUCAUCGUACUCAAACGAUGACAAAGCAUCCUACCAUCAAGGCGGUCACAUUGGACAAGGUCGCAAACGAAUAUGGUGCCAUGCACUUUAAUGAAUGUCUCGCACAUUAUGUUGCGAAAGCUACCCUUCCUGUCAACACUACUGUUACGGCCAGGCAGCUCGAAGAUCGAGCAGCUGAUAUACACAUCCCAUUUCAAAGACUACCAGUCUUUCACAAGGUGAAAUGGCUCUUGGAUAAUGUUCGUGGUGAUGGGGAUCCUCCGGUCACAGUCGAUAGUGUCCAUGCACGUCCUGGAUGUUCAGGAAAAUUUACAUCCGACAGUGUUGCGCCACAAUUUGAUACCGUGUUCGUUAAUGAUGGCACUGGCAGGUCACUUGGCAUCAAAGUCCGUAUCAUAUUCUCAAUACCUCCCAAAGCCAUCCCCAAAAUUUUCCCGUCCACAUUUCAGCCUCCGAAACAUCUCACAUACGUCGAAUGGUUCUCUACCUUCCGUGUACCUGAUCGAGAUCAUGGCCUGCACAAGGUCUCACAUGUCAUUAAAAAUGGAGAAUGA